GCCCCACUGUGGGAAGGAACUCUUCCCACCAUGGCUUCCUUGGGGCAGAUCAUCUUCUGGAGUGUUAUUAACAUCAUCAUUAUCCUGGCUGGAGCAAUUGCACUCAUCAUUGGCUUUGGUAUUUCAGGCAAACACUUCAUCACAGUCAGGACGUUUACCUCGGCUGGAAACAUUGGAGAGGAUGGCAUCCUAAGCUGCACUUUUGAACCCGACAUCAAACUCAAUGGCAUUGUCAUCCAGUGGCUGAAAGAAGGGACCAUGGGUUUGGUCCACGAGUUUAAAGCAGGCAAAGAUGAUUUCUCUCAGCAGCAUGAAAUGUUUAGAGGCCGGACAGCAGUGUUUGCUGAUCAAGUGGUGGUUGGCAAUGCUUCCCUGAGACUGAAAAACGUGCAGCUCGCAGAUGCUGGCACCUAUACGUGUUACAUCCACACCUCAAAAGGCAAGGGGAAUGCAAACCUUGAGUACAAGACUGGAGCCUUCAGUGUACCAGAGAUAAAUGUGGACUAUAAUGCCAGUUCAGAGAGUUUGCGCUGUGAGGCUCCUCGGUGGUUCCCCCAGCCCACAGUGGCCUGGGCAUCUCAAAUUGACAAAGGAGCCAACUUCUCAGAAGUCUCCAACACCAGUUUCGAGUUGAACUCUGAGAAUGUGACCAUGAAGGUUGUGUCUGUGCUCUACAAUGUCACAAUCAACAACACAUACUCUUGUAUGAUUGAAAACAGCAUUGCCAAAGCCACAGGGGACAUCAAAGUGACAGAUUCGGAGGUCAAAAGGCGGAGUCAGCUGCAGCUGCUGAACUCAGGGCCUUCCCCACAUGUUUCUUCGGUCCUUUUGGUCGUCUGGGCGCUCCUAUCUCUCUGCACUUGCCUGAUGCUAAGAUGAGGGGGCUUGGCCACACAAAGGCAGACAAAGUUACUGGGACAG